CAUUCAUUCGGCCGCGCCGGGGCCGAGGGGCGCGCGCGGGGCUGCGGCGGCGGGAGCGCGCGGGGCCCGGCCGGCGGGGGCGCGCCUCGCGGCCCACCCGCCACCAUGUCCGACCCCGCGGUCAACGCGCAGCUGGACGGGAUCAUUUCGGACUUCGAAGCCCUGAAAAGGUCCUUCGAGGUGGAGGAGGCAGAGCCGCCCAGCGCCACGCCGCCCCGGCGCGUGCAGACCCCCCUGCUGCGGUCCACGGUCGCCAGCUCCACCCAGAAGUUCCAGGACCUGGGCGCGAAGGGCGGCGAGCUGGCCGGGCGCCACGCGGACCCCCUGAGCCAGCGCUCCCCCAAGGCCACCCUGCGCCGCGUGGAGCUGCCGGGGCCCCGGGCCGAGCCCGCGCCACGCCGCUCCGAGCUGUCCAUCGACAUCUCGUCCAAGCAGGUGGACGGCGCCGGGGCCGCACGCUUCGGCCUGAAGCGGACCGAGGUGCUGGGCCACCGGACGCCUGAGCCCGGCCCGCGCAGGACCGAGCUGACCCUCGUCAAGCCCCAGGAGACGCCGCACCGCAGGAUGGAGACCCCUGCGGACGCGGCCCCCAAGAGGGUGGAGAUCCAGGUGGCCAAGCCGGCGGAGGCGCCCCCCUCCCCCAUCCCGCCCCACGGCCUGGAGGACCCGGAGCCCCCUGUCCUGCCCAAGGCGCAGCCCCCUCCGGAGGUGCCGGCAAGGAGCGUGGAAGCCACAGAGGCGGCCCCCAGCAGCGCGGGUGACAUGGCGGACACCCCCCGAGACGUGGGGCCCAAGCAGGCACCCGCCCCGCGUGGCGAGAAGGUGCCCGCGGACUUCGGCUACGUGGGCAUCGACUCGAUCCUGGAGCAGAUGCGCCGGAAGGCCAUGAAGCAGGGUUUCGAGUUCAACAUCAUGGUCGUGGGACAGAGCGGCCUGGGCAAGUCCACCCUGAUCAACACCCUCUUCAAGUCCAAGAUCAGCCGCAAGUCGGUGCAGCCGCCGGCACCCUCAGAAGAGCGGAUCCCCAAGACCAUCGAGAUCAAGUCCAUCACCCAUGACAUCGAGGAGAAGGGCGUCCGCAUGAAACUCACCGUCAUCGACACACCAGGCUUCGGGGACCACAUCAACAACGAGAACUGCUGGCAGCCCAUCAUGAAGUUCAUCAACGAGCAGUACGAGAAGUACCUGCAGGAGGAAGUGAACAUCAACCGCAAGAAGCGCAUCCCCGACACGCGCGUGCACUGCUGCCUCUACUUCAUCCCCGCCACCGGCCACUCGCUCCGGCCCCUGGACAUAGAGUUUAUGAAGCGGCUGAGCAAAGUCGUCAACAUCGUCCCGGUCAUUGCCAAGGCUGACACGCUGACCCUGGAGGAGAGGGUCUACUUCAAGCAGCGGAUCACCGCUGACCUGCUGUCCAAUGGCAUCGAUGUGUACCCCCAGAAGGAGUUCGACGAGGACUCUGAGGACCGGCUGGUGAAUGAGAAGUUCCGGGAAAUGAUCCCAUUCGCAGUGGUGGGCAGUGACCACGAGUACCAGGUGAACGGGAAGAGGAUCCUUGGGAGGAAGACCAAGUGGGGCACCAUUGAAGUUGAGAACACCAUGCACUGCGAGUUCGCCUACCUGCGAGACCUCCUUAUCAGGACGCACAUGCAGAGCAUCAAGGACAUCACCAGCACCAUCCACUUCGAGGCUUACCGGGUCAAGCGGCUGCACGAGGGCCGCGGCGGGCUGGCCAAUGGCGUGGAGGAACCGGGCCUGGGAGCCCAGGAGAUGUAGCCACCCGCCCGGUCCCCGCCCCCUCGCCUUCGCCGCCCCAGACCUGCCCACGCCCCCUUCCUUUCCUCCACCGGUCCGCCUGUGCACCGUCCCUUCGACAGGCUCCGAGCACCAAGAGGCCGGAUGCUGCGCCCCCACCCCACCCCCGUUUCUCAUAGGCCUGCUGGCACAGGGGGCUGUGGUUGGGUGGGACCCCCAUCCCUGAGGUCUGCCGGAGGCUGAACCAGGCCUGCAGAAUUUCCCCCCCACUCGGUUGGCACCAGCAGGGGGAGCCCUGGAGCCCUUUCCGUCCCGUUCUCCCCUAACCGGGACCUGCGCUAGGCCCCGCCCCCAGUGAUUUGGGCCCCGCCCCGCCUUCCA